UUCCCGUUUUUCCCAAAUUCCCGUGGUUUUUCCCCAAAUCCAGCAGUGUCCAGGUUGUUCCCCAUUCCCAUUUCUCCCUUUUUUUCCCGUUUUUUUCCCGUUUUUCCCAAAUUCCCGUGGUUUUCCCCCCAAUCCAGCAGCGUCCAGGUGGUGCCCGUGGGGCUCAGCCGGGGGCUCCGGAAAAUUCUCCAGGAGAAAUUCCCGAACCUGAGCCGGGCCGACGACGUGGGCGACCUCCUCACGGGGAACGUCGUCCUGUCCGAGAGCGAGGCCGAGCCCGACGGGACCCAAAAUGUUCUGGAAUUGGCCCAAAACUGCGCCGGGCGCGGGAACGCGGUGGCACAGCAGAGCGCGGUCAGGCUGACGGAGAUCGGGCCCCGUCUGACGCUGCAGCUGGUGAAGGUGGAGGAGGGGCUGGGCCAGGGCAACGUCCUGUACCACGGCCUGGCCCCCAAGAGCGAGGCGGAGCUGCGCGAGCUCCUGGCGCGGAAGGAGCGGCAGCUGCAGGUGAGGGCGGAGCGGCGCCGCCAGCAGGAGCAGAACCUGGAGCGGAAACGGCAGCAGCGCCUGCGCCACAGGGAGCGGAGCCUGGCCGGGAUGGGGCGUGGCCCAGGUGACACCAGACCCGGCCCAGGUGACACCGGACCCAGCCCAGGUGACACCGGACCCGGCCCAGGUGACAGCGACAGCGGCGCCGAGGACCCCGGCGCACCUGGGCCAGGUGAGGAGGAGCCGUCGGACGAGGACGACGCCGAAUAUUACAGACAGGAGCUGGGGGAGGAGCCCGACGCAGAUUUGUUUCCCGGCCACACCAAGAGGAAGCGAAGUCCCUCGGGCGCUCCCCGGGCCCGGAAACGACGGAGGAAACACUCCAAAUCCCAACCUGGAACCCCCAAAUCCCACCCUGGAACCCCGAAAUCCCACCCUGGAACCCCCAAAUCCCAACCUGGAACCCCCAAAUCCCAACGUGGAACCCCCAAAUCCCACCCAGGACAUCCUGGAUUUCCCAAAUCCCACCCUGGAACUCCCAAAUUUCAUCCCAGCACCUCGAAAUCCCAACCUGGAACCCCGAAAUCCCAUCCCAGAUCUCGAAAAUCCCAUCCUGGAUCCCGAAAAUCCCAUCCUGGAUCCCAAAAAUCCCGCCCAGGACAUCUUAAAAACCCAAAAUCCCAUCCCAGGGCACCUGGAACCCCCAAAUCCCACCCUGGAUCCCAAAAUUCCCACCCUGGAUCCCAAAAAUCCCGCCCAGGAAACCCCAAAAACCCCAAAUCCCACCUCCUGACACCCCGGAAAAUCCCGAAUUUCCAACGGCCCGGAAAGGCCCAAAAAGGGAAAUGAGAGGGGGGGAAAAAAAAAUGGAAUUUGGGAUUUUCUCCACCCUGAUCCCGCUGGGAUUGGGAUUUUGGGGUCCCCUGGAAUUUUGGGCACUUUGGGGGUGAAUUUUGGGAUCUUCCAGAGGAAUUUUUGGGGAUUUCCAGAAGGAAUUUUGGGAUCCCCCGGCCCCUCCCCUGGCGCCAUUGCAACUUUUCCCCCCAAAUCCAGCUGAGAUUCCCCAAAAAAUAGGGAAUAACCAAAAACUGGGAGGAAAAAACCACCCCCAAAAAUGGGGAAAUCCACCCCAAAAACCCAGGGGAAAACAGCCCCAAAAAGGGGAAUUUCAGGAACUUCCAGGAGUUCUGGAAUUCCAGGAUUCCCCUGGGGAGGAGCGGGAAUAAAGGCGGAGCCACU